AUGCAAGAUGCAACCCGAAGGAAACUUGUGAUUGUUGGGGAUGGAGGAUGUGGAAAAACGUCACUUCUUUACGUGUUUACUCUUGGCGAAUUCCCAACACAGUAUCAUCCCACAGUUUUUGAAAAUUACGUGACGGAUUGUCGGAUAGACGGCAAGCCUGUGCAGUUGGCGCUAUGGGAUACAGCCGGCCAAGAGGAGUACGAAAGACUACGGCCGUUGAGUUACCACAACUCUCACGUAAUAUUGAUUGGAUUUGCCAUCGACGUGCCAGAUUCACUAGAAACCGCCCGCACGAAAUGGGUCGAGGAAGUUAGACGCAGUUGUCCCGAAACGCCAUACAUUUUAAUUGGCUUGAAGAAAGAUCUACGUAUAAGCGUGCGAGACCGGGCGCGGUUCGUUCAAGCAGACUCGGGUGAGGAAGUCGCGAAGCAAAUUGGGGCCAAGCAGUAUAUGGAAAGCUCCGCUCUCACUGGCGAAGGCGUUGACGAUAUCUUUGAGGUUGCUACACGCUUAAGCCUCGUCCAUGGCGAGGCACCAAGUCCUUCAUGCUGCGCAAUUCUAUAG